AGAUGAUGGUAGUAUGAUAAUUAGUCUGUUGAUAUUAAUCCAACAAACAACGCCAUAUAAGCCUACUCGUCGGUUCGCCUACCAGACGGCCUAGCAUCCAAACUUUUAGCAUCUCUAUCUCUUGGUCAUCAAACGAGGAUACCACUAUUUGAAUGGACUCAGUUUGGGUUGAGUAUAUACUGAGCAAAGGACAUGCAGCAAGUCUUAACCUGUUUUCUUUUGGUGAUAGCAAUAUUAGGUCGGAUUUUAGCAGCAUUGAACGUCAAAACAAACUCAAAACAAGAAGGCAUAGAGGGUGGUAACACGACCUUAUUGUGCACUUACACGCCUCAAACUGGUGCAGACGUAACCUGGAGCAUCGACGAUGGAAGUGAUGUCUAUGGCAGACAGUUAAUAACUAGAAAUAGAGCUUUAGAUGAGCGAUACGCCCUCGUCGACCAAGCUAGUCUGUUUCUAAGCAACGUUCGACGAAGUGACGAAGGAGCAUAUGUCUGUUCUAUCUACAGCUCCAUUGAGCUGCGCUCUUCUACAUCCACUGUUCAGUUAAAUGUCUUAUGGAUACAAAAGCCACAAAUUGAACUACCUAGCUUGCAGAUUGUUGAGGGCGAUGUCGUAGAUUUGGUUUGUUCUGCGGUUGCUGAACCUGUUGCUACGUACAAGUGGUAUCGACAAGGACAUGAAAUUGCACUAGAUCAUCAAAGAUACGUCCAGUCGUCCAAAACAGGAUUACUAAAAAUAUACUACGUUGGCUAUGCGGAUCAUACCACAUUCUCGUGUAUGGCGUCGAAUGUGGCUGGAUCAAAGUCUAGUGACGAACUAUACUUAGAUGUACACUACUCCCCUAGAUUCACAUUACGCAAACAAGGAAAUUCCAUACGAUGUGUUCCAUAUGGAAAUCCUACCAUUGACAAAGUUAUUUACUACAUUAAUGGCUCCCGUCAACCAGACGCAAUUGAAGUAACCAUUGAUGAACGCUUUUGCAAUACUGUUACAUGUUUUGCUGAAAAUAAGGCUGGAACGGGAAACAGAACAGAAAUAUACUGCCCAAAAGAUCUUUCGCCGGAGAAGCCUGACGAUCUCGGUAACCAAACUCUGGUUGGGGUUCUGACAUCGGUUCUGAUUUUCUUGUUAUUGUCCGCAAUUGUGUUAAUCGUUUUUCUUGCUCUGCGACCAGGUCCAAAUUUUGAGCUCGAAGAAAGAUACGGUGAGUUGACACUCACAGAUGGUGGUUCCUCAACAGUAUGAUAACAUGUCGCCUUGGAAACCAUGAAGUAUAUUAAACUGUGUCAACAAUUUUAACUGUGAAAUCAUGGCAUGAAACUGCGACAUCAUGAAACCAUGACGCUAUCUGUAUGAAACGGUUACUCAUCCGAUUGAAACUUACAUGUAAAAUAAACCAUGAAGUUUUAUAAAUGUAUGAAACUGUAAUCUCUUCUGACGUUCACCAUGAAGACAUUUGCUUGAAUCAGUGACGUCAGUUUUAUGAAUGAAGACAGUGACGAUAUUUGUAUAUGAAAUUAGGAAGAGAUCUUAGUGGGCUCAUUAUUUAAAAUUAGAUACAGUAUUUAAGUUAGGCCUAUAUGAUAAGCCUCAGCUAAAAUCCAGGAAAUACAUUAAGACGCUUAAAAUAAUAACAGGAGGGACACAGGUACUCAUGAAAGGAUGCCUCUACUGAGCAUGAGGUACCCCCAGCUUCCGAGUGAGCGCUCGAGAUUAUAUUCAAAUUACAUGUUCCGCGCGAAUUAUACUUUGAUACUUUUUAUAUUGUUCAAUAACAAUAAAUGGGAUUGUGCAGUACAGUA